CAAAAAGUUUUGCCAGGACUAGGGUUCCCGAAGGAAGUGACAGAUCCCAGUUCGUCCUGGGGAGGAGACAAAAGGGCUCGGGUGUCCGUAAGAGCUGACGGGGAGCAAACCACCAUGCGCCUUGCCGACGCGUCCUUGGCCCGUUGCCUGCUGCUGCCGUUGCUCUUGGGAUCCUGCUGGGCCCAGUUCCACGGAGAGAAGGGCAUUUCUAUCCCCGACCAUGGCUUCUGCCAGCCUAUAUCCAUUCCGUUGUGCACUGACAUUGCAUAUAACCAGACGAUCAUGCCCAAUUUGCUGGGACAUACCAGCCAAGAGGAUGCUGGCUUGGAGGUCCACCAGUUCUACCCUCUGGUGAAGGUCCAGUGCUCCCCGGAGCUCAAGUUCUUCCUCUGCUCUAUGUAUGCCCCUGUGUGCACUGUCUUGGAGCAAGCCAUUCCACCAUGCCGAUCCAUUUGUGAGAGAGCACGCCAAGGCUGUGAAGCCCUCAUGAAUAAAUUUGGCUUCCAGUGGCCAGAACGACUGCGCUGUGAGAACUUUCCCCGCCAUGGGGCAGAGCAGAUCUGUGUGGGACAGAACCAUUCAGAGGAAGGUGGGUCUCCAGCACUGAUUACAAGUGCCACUCCAAUUGCUGGACAUGGUACUGCUGGGCCACCCCGUUAUGCCACUCUGGACCGCCCUUUCCACUGCCCACGAGUCCUUAAAGUGCCCAGCUACCUCAACUACAAGUUUCUUGGAGAAAAAGACUGUGCGGCACCAUGUGAACCCACCAAGAAUGAUGGACACAUGUUCUUCAAUCAAGAAGAGAUUCACUUUGCACGCAUCUGGAUUCUCAUUUGGUCUGUUCUGUGCUGUGCCUCUACUUUCUUUACUGUCACUACCUAUCUGGUGGACAUGCAGCGCUUUCGCUAUCCAGAACGACCCAUCAUCUUCCUCUCUGGCUGUUAUACCAUGGUCUCUGUAGCCUAUAUUGCAGGAUUUGUAUUGGAGGAACGGGUGGUGUGCAAUGAACGUUUCCAAGAUGAUGGCUAUCGGACAGUGGUUCAGGGUACCAAAAAGGAAGGCUGCACCAUACUUUUCAUGAUGCUGUACUUCUUCAGCAUGGCCAGUUCCAUCUGGUGGGUCAUCUUGUCCCUCACUUGGUUUCUUGCAGCUGGCAUGAAGUGGGGACAUGAAGCCAUUGAAGCCAACUCACAAUACUUUCACUUGGCAGCUUGGGCUGUGCCUGCUAUCAAAACGAUCACCAUCCUGGCCAUGGGGCAAAUUGAUGGUGACCUCCUCAGUGGUGUCUGUUUUGUGGGGCUCAACAACAUAGAUCCACUUCGGGGCUUUGUUUUAGCUCCCCUCUUUGUCUACCUCUUCAUUGGCACCUCAUUUCUUUUGGCAGGCUUUGUAUCACUUUUCCGUAUCCGUACCAUCAUGAAACAUGGGGGCACCAAGACAGAGAAGCUGGAGCGUCUCAUGGUGCGCAUUGGGGUCUUCAGUGUCCUUUAUACGGUGCCAGCCACUAUUGUUAUUGCUUGCUACUUCUAUGAACAGGCCUUCCGUGAGCACUGGGAGCGGAGCUGGAUUAGCCAAAACUGUAAGAGUUUGGCCAUUCCUUGUCCACUUCAAUACACCCCACGCAUGACCCCUGACUUCACUGUCUACAUGAUCAAGUAUCUCAUGACGCUGAUUGUGGGCAUCACCUCAGGUUUCUGGAUCUGGUCUGGGAAAACCCUUCAUUCCUGGAGGAAGUUUUAUACCAGGCUAACUAACAGCAAACAUGGGGAGACUACUGUUUGAGAAAGGAAAUGGAGGAAGCAGAUUGCCAGCUCCAGAAUUUCAAGAAAACACCAGAUCUGCCUGCAUCUCCCUCCAUGAGCUGAUUCUGUUUGUAUGUAUGGGGAGACAUUCUUUGGAAAAAAUCUCCCUGCAAUUUGGGGAGUGGGGCUUCUUUGCUACAUAAAGCUGAAACUCUUCUGACAAUCUGAGAGGAAAAAAGAAAAACAAAGGAGAAAACCUCCAAGUAUUUAAAACUGUCUCAUUUUAA